UCAGAAGUUAGCAUGUGAAACCAUGCCCUUCUUGAAUCAUAAAAUACCAGGAUUGGAAGGGACCUCAGGAUCUAGUCCAACCCCCUGUUCAAAGCAGGAUUAGUCCCUAGUUUUUUCCCCAGAUCCCUAAAUGGCCCCCUCAGGGAUUGAAUUUGUAACCCUGGGUUUAGCAGGCCAAUGCUCAAACCACUGAGCUAUCCAUCUGCUGCACCAUAGGAGUUUCGCUAUUGACUUCAGUGGGCCACGAUAUCGUCCUAGGUUCUAAUAGAAGUCCCAUCAUAACCCUAACUAAGGUAACUCUUUUCCUGUUUGCAGUAAAAAUGGCAGAAGUAAUUACUGACUCUCCAGAGAAGCUGCUUGUUAUCCACUCCAAGGCUCACAGAGAUACCAUUCUAGCUAAUUUUGCAGAACAAAGGAAAAAGAAUUUUCUUUGUGAUAUCACUUUAAUAGUAGAGGAUGUGCACUUCAGAGCCCACAAAGCUUUACUUGCUGCCAGCAGCGAGUACUUUUCAAUGAUGUUUGUAGAUGAGGGAGAGAUAAGCCAGUCAAUUUAUAUGUUGGAGGGAAUGGUUGCAGACACUUUUGGUGCACUACUGGAAUUUAUCUACACAGGUUAUCUCCAUUCCAAUGAAAAAAGUAUGGAACAAAUAUUGGCAACUGCACAGCUCCUAAAAGUGAAUGAUUUAGUAUGGGCACAUGCAGAUUAUCAGACCAACCAUAGCCCAAAUAAUCCUCUCACGUCUAGUAGUGGUGCUUCAGUAGUUGUCUUUGCAAAUGACAAGAAAAAUGGAGAUCCACCAAAGCGAAAACGAGGAAGACCAAGAAAAGUCAAGAAUGCUCAAGAGGAAAAAUUUGGGACAACUUCUGUUGAAGAUGUGCAGCUAAGAGAGAACAAUUCAGUGCAAAAUAAACAAAAUUUUAUGAAAAAAGUUGCAGCGGAAGAAACUGUUGCCAGUGAACAAGUUCCAGUAAGGAAAGAAGUGGAAGAAACUGAGCCAGCCUGUGGUUCAGAAGCUGCUGUAGAUCUAUCGGCUGAGAAGGAUGAGAAUUAUGAUCCUAAAUCUCAAGGAAUACAGAGCAAUCAGAGUCGUUAUAGCAAACGUAGGAUACGGAGGUCUAUCAAGCUAAAAGAUUAUAAACUUGUUGGUGAUGAAGAUGGAAAAGUAUUGACAAAGAGAACUGAUAGAAAAAGAAAACGCACAGGUUCUGAAGCUUGUUGCAAAGAAUGUGGCAAAGUGUUUAAAUAUAAUCACUUUUUAGCUAUUCAUCAGAGAAGUCAUACAGGAGAACGCCCUUUUAAAUGCAAUGAAUGUGGUAAAGGCUUUUCCCAGAAGCACUCUCUUCAGGUUCAUGAGCGGAUGCAUACUGGAGAGCGACCAUAUACCUGUACUGUCUGUAGUAAAGCUUUAACAACAAAACAUUCUCUUUUGGAACAUAUGAGCCUACACACAGGACAGAAGGCUUUUACGUGUGAUCAGUGUGGAAAGUAUUUUAGCCAAAAGAGACAACUGAAGAGUCAUUACCGAGUGCACACAGGCCAUUCAUUGCCGGAAUGUAACCAGUGUCAUCGCAAAUUCAUGGAUGCAGCUCAGUUAAAGAAACAUCUAAGAACACAUACAGGUGAGAAGCCAUUUACUUGUGAAAUCUGUGGCAAGUCAUUCACAGCAAAAAGUUCUCUUCAGACUCACAUAAGAAUCCACAGAGGGGAAAAGCCAUAUUCUUGUGGUAUAUGUGGAAAAUGUUUCUCGGAUUCCAGUGCAAAGAGGAGACACUGUAUCUUACACACAGGCAAAAAGCCUUUCUCCUGCCCAGAGUGUCAUUUGCAGUUUGCCCGCUUGGACAAUUUGAAGUCUCAUUUGAAAAUUCACAGCAAAGAAAAACAGUUGCAAGAAUCAAGCAGCAGCAAUAGCUCAGAGGAGGUCAGAAACAUUCUUCAGCUGCAGCAAUAUCAACUGUCCACGUCUGGAGGACAAGAGAUUCAAUUGCUUGUCACAGAUUCAGUACAUAAUAUAAACUUUAUACCUGGUCAUAAUCAAGGUAUUAGUAUUGUUACUGCUGAGGACUCCCAAAAUAUGACAACAGGCCAGGCUGCUAAUCUUACACUACUCACUCAGCCACCACAACAGCUGCAGAACUUGCUUCUUGCAGCCCAGCAGGAACAAGUAGAACAAAUCCAAAGUAUCAAUAUGAUGGAGAACCAAAUAGAGACUACACAAUCUGAGCAAAUGCAUGUCAUCACUCUUUCAAAGGAAGCACUAGCACAUCUUCAUGCCCAUCAGGGGCAAACUGAAGAACUUCAUCUAGCAGCAGGAGCUCAGCACAUGGAGCUGACCCAGGAACCUAGUCGUCAGUCUCAUGCUAACCAAGAUGCAGUCCAGCCCCAUCAAAUUAGUGAAGAACAGAACCAAAAUGUACACAUUUCUGAAUCUCAUCCGCAAUCUUUGUCCAUAAACCACCCAUCUCAUGAGCAUCAGAUUCAAGGUCAGGCUUUUUGAAAUACAAAUUAGCAUUGCUUCCUUUUAAAUACUUGUUUGCCUUCAGGGAACUGGGCUGAGGUGUGGUUUUUCAUUUAGGCAAUGACCUACGCGUAUCACAUUUCAUUUGCUGCAGCAGAUGAUCUAUUUGAAGUUGUAUUUUUUGGUGAUCUUGGUAGAUAGCUUUGUUUCUUUUAUUUUAAUCCAUUUAUUUUUAGGGUUUUAUUACUCUAGAUGUCUGCUGAUCAACAAGCAUGGCUUCUGUGUAGAGGAUUAAAAUGACUAUUAUCUGAACUAUAAAUGUCAAGGUAACCCAUAUUUUUUUCACAACGUUGACACCACAUGUCUUAUAGUUAAUGAACUUUCUCUUUCUAGGUAAAUGUAUAAUUUUCAGUGCGACCAUUUCAGUGACCAUUCCCUUAAGUGCAUUUUAAUUCACUGAAUACCAAAUUUGCUCAUGCUUUUGAUUGAAAUUGAUGCACUCAUAGACAGGCUCUGGUUCACUGUUUCUUUUUACUGUGUUGUACAAUUCCUGCUGUCCAAACGAAUGUUUAAAUCAGUGCACUUAAUGUAGAGGCAAUGAGAUGUAGUGGCUAGAUGGACUACUGGAAAGCUUGAGUGCUAUUCUUGGCACUGCUACUGACUUGUGUGACCUUGGGCAAGUCACUUAGCCUCUCAGUGCCUUAGUUUCCUCAUCUACAAAAGGGGGAUAAUACUUAGCCACCUCUGCAAAGCACUUUGAAGAUCUUCUGAUGUAAGGCUCUAUAGAUGUGCAAAGUAUGUGGUUGGGUUUUUUUCGUGACAAGACUGUCUUAGUGUAGGAGCCAGUUUAUAUUUUAAAACAUUAUUUUUAUAUUUUGAAAGCAGAAUGUCACAUUACUUUUAAUAUAAGGUAAUAUUUGUGCUUUGUGACUGAAAGAAUGAAUAAAAUCACUCCAGAAUAUGAGCUACAAAAUGGCACAUCUCUUAAUAGAUUUUAAAAGUGGUGCAACUUUUUGUUGACUAGAUUAGAUGUGUGCAGUUUACAUUAUUAAUGCCUGACUUCUAGUGGAAAAGUGCUGAAAUAGCAUUGAAAAUACAUCUCAGAAAGAAAAGCUGGGGAAGAGCAUGGCUCUACAGCUUGGGGUUCAGUUACUAAUGAUGGGUUACUUAAUGCACUGGUAUGUAAAAAUCCUGAUAAAAUGUCAUAUGGCGAGCUACAGCAGUUCGAAGGUUGAGGCUGAGGUUAAAAAUGUUAUGUGAUUUAAAUAAGUAUCUUGUAUUUCUAGUUUUAAACAUGACAAAACCCAAUUUCUAUCAUUAUUAUUUACAUUGGAUUUUUUUCAAAGGAAGUUUCCUAUAUAACUGGCUGUAUGCACCGUUGGCUAGACAGAAAGCCAUUGGUGUGAAUUUUCAUUUCUGGGAGUUGGCUAUCUUGCAAUUACAAAGCAUUCAGCUAGCUACUGAGACUGCGUUACUGUAAUUUGGUUAAAAAGUAUAUCAGUUUCUCCACUGAUCUGUACCAACUUUUAAGUAAGUUGAUGUGAGGAGAGGAGACAAUGGGAGCGGGGCGGGGGGAAACCAAUUUUAAUUCUAAAAAUGACUUAGUUUUACUGUUGGAUAUUAAAUAGCUAUUGUGUUGAUUAACCUGAUUCAUUACCUAAUUCCCUCCCAAAAUGGAGAAGUACUGUCUAUAUAUGUAACGUAGAAAACCAUUAACAAAAGAUAAAUAAAUAUAUUGUAACUGUAAUCCAGAAGCUAAAGAUUUUGAUGUUGCAAGAACAUAAAGAAAAAAUAAAAUUAAACUAUCUGUUUUGUCUGGGGAAAAUAUUAUUUAACAUUUAAAUCUUUACAUAGUAAAAUAGUUCUGCUUGUUAUACCAUUGCAAAAUAAAAUUUGAAUGAGUCUUAAAUAUUGUAGCAAAUAUAAAAUGCUGUCUCAAGUUUUCACUUUACAGUUGUAUGAUGGUUGCUCUAGAGAAGCGUUAGCAACUUUUGUAACCUACAUUUCUGGUUUAUUCAGGAUUGAGACAUGCUUAUUAUUUAUGUAAAUUCUUAAAUGUUUUGCAGAGCAAACUGGUCACAGCUUUCUAAGAUUCAGUUCUAGAAGACUGUAAUGAAAAAAUUCUGAUUAUUCAAGUUCAAAAAAGAGCAUAUAUAUUGAGUUUUUUUAAUCUUUCAGUUGGUAACUAAGAAGUCACUCAUGAUGGUACAAUCUUAUGGUAGUGAUUACUAGAUAUUACCUGCAUAAGAAGAGGGUUUCAUUUUUUAUUGCAUACACUUCAAUAAUUUGUACAACUAAAAACUGAGCAGGCUGUGUAAAGACCACCAUCUGUGGAUAGCAGGACAAUGAUUCUCACUAAUUUUGCCUUCUCUGUUGCUUUAAAAAAAUUGCUGUCAGAGUCCUUUUUUCCUGCCUGUUCCAAAGAAUGGGAAUCCAUGUUUUUCUCAUUUCCUUUAAUUCUACCUUUCUCUUUACCACUAACUUUUUAAUAGUAAUUUUUACCCUGGAAAGAAAUGAAUACUAUAUACUGCAUGUAUGCCUGGAUCUUUUUUAAAAUAAUGCCUAAUGCAUUUAACUGUUGGACCUGGAAAAAGCCCCUUCAGCUUCAGCUCUCAGUUCAGAAUGACUUCCUGGUUGUACCUGGCUAAUGAGAAAAAUCAAGUUUCUCCAAAUAUUUCUGCUGUCAAACUAAUACUUGUUUUUAUAUGACUUAACUACCUUACAUAGAGUUCAGUCUUGGUAAGAAGUGAGAGAGACUCGCAAUGUUAAGAUGAGAUUUUGGUUUUGGGAUGUUUUCAGUAUAGGUCAUUAUUCCCAUAAUUAAGUUAAAUGCAAUAUACAUAGUUACCACACUAGUGCAUAGAAGAUUAGAAUUCCAUUUUGAGAUUCUGAUCUCUGCUAAAACCACUCUAACUUGAGCUUUUAUAGUCAUUUUCACAACUUUGCCUCUUUAAAGGGACACUGUCAGAUUUUAUAUAUUUUUAAAAUGUCCUUACAUGCGACUGCAGGUUCAAGCCUUUUACCAAGAAUCAGUCCUAUACAGUUCAAACACAGUUGGCAGUAGAAGGUGCCUGUUGCUAUUACUCCAUUUGUAAAAUAUCUAGCACACUUGGAUGCUAUGUAAAUAAUAAUACUUGUACUGGUAGAGAUUGUUCUUCAAAUUUCAAGCUUUAAAAAAAAAAUUCUUCUCCAUCUUGGAAGACUCUCCAGGUGAAAAUUAAAUAUAAAAUGGUGCUUUCACUGGCAGCAAUUCUUCUACUAUUUUAAGGUUGCAUUUGAGGUAUUGUUCAGUGUGUAUUUUCUACUAAUUUGCCACUACAGUCCAUGCAACAGUAGCACAGGAGAAUCUCAUAUAUUGUCAAAACAAAAAGGUUUCAAGAAUAUAGUGUGUGUGUGGGGGGGGGGGGGUGGUUUCCAUUUAGGAACACAGAAAUGACCAGAUCAGAAGAGAAGGCCCUCUAAUACAGCAUCCUGUUUUUAACAGUGCGUAGUACCAAUUGCUUCAUAGGAUUGGGUACAAGAAUGGAAUAACAUCCCAUUAAUGAAAGUUUCAUCCUAACCUCCAUUAUGUAGGGGUUUGCUUUUAAAACUCUGGUAUUCUUGUUUACUUAUUCUUUCCUUUGUAAUUCUGGAUGUUCUCGUUACCUAUCUAAAUGAUCAGUUCAUUCUUGAAUCUCACCAAGUUCUUGACUUCAGGGAUAUCCUAUGAAAGUGAGUUCCACAGGCUAAUUUUGUCUGAAAAGUAUUUCAGUUGAAAUGUGUUGCCUGUCAAUUUCAUUGACUGUCCUCUUGUUCUUGCAUUAUAAACAUCUGAUCUACCUUCUCUCUACUUUUCAUUCUUUUAAAAAUAAGUUUUGUACAGCACAAUUUCAUCAGUAGCCACAAAGAAGCAGGUUGCCAAGGGAAAUUUUUUUUGCAUAUGUAGAUUUUUAUGGCAGUAAACAAUUCAGACCUAUACGUUACUAUUUAUAGGCUUGCAAGACAAUGAAUGCCUGGUGUGUCAUUCUCAAAAUGGAUUGUUGGAAUGUAUUGAGCUGAAUUUUUUUUCCUGUAUCAUCCCCAUUUAACAUUGCUAUUUUGGAAAGUACUGAAAUGGAUUGUACUGUAUGUAAUUUUGUAAAAUUAUGUGAGUCUGAAAAGUGCUAUAUAAAACCAGAUUCUAUCUAUUGCUUGUAGCAUAGAGGGAGCAAGUAUUUGUAAUAAUAAUAAUAAAAACCUUGUUUAUAAGA